AUGGGGUGGAUCAACGACAGCAGAGACGAUGUUCCACCUCGUUCAUCGGGGUGGGCGGACUUGGUGCUUGUUACUGCUUCGACCGAAACACGGGAUCGCCACAAAAAGGCUUUCUCUACUAUCGCGCGAGACCUGGCUGACCAUCAUCCGGAGAUGAGACGAGCGUUAGCGCAUGCAGUCAAGAAUCAAAUUGCGCUCAAGACUACACCGGACAUUAUACAGCAGUGCCACGCAGAAGCUUUCCGAGUUACCCGUGGGGCCCGUCGUGAUCGUUAUCGACGCACUGGACGAAAGUGGGUGGCGAGGCAGUGGAGACACGUAGUGACCUUCUUCGCAUUCUUUCCGUCACCUCCCGCCCGCUUCGCGACAUUUAGGAUUCAAGUGGUUGAACGCGAUAUCUGCACCUACGUAUCGGAGAAAUUAGAAGGGCUUCGGAUUUUUGGGAGCAAAGAGUUAACAGCCCUCGCCCAGAAAGAUGAUGGUCUUUUCGAGUGGGCACGUCUUGCUUGCAAAUACAUCGAAGCACCUCCUCUCGGCUCAUCUUCUGUUCAGUUCUUCAAUGUCAUCGUGUCCCGCGAUGGUGUCGAACGGGGGCACUUGAUUUUGAAGCAGAUCAUACCAAAGGACAGAUACAGACCCCAAGUCUCAGCAAACACAGUCAGCGAUGUUUCGUUCCGUAAUGGGACAAAUUCUUGGCACACCUCCUAUGACGACCACACAUUUGUGCUGGAUGGAUAA